AUGUCCAACACCGUAGCAAACCAAAUUGAGCAGGUACUCGCUGCAAAGGAGCAUUUGGCAGAGGAAAUACUGAUCAACAAGCAAGCAGUGAUUGACUUUGAUAGAAAGAGAAACUCCAAUAGAGAGGCAUUGUCCAGUCUGAAAAAGACAAAAGACAAAAAGACAUGGACAUUCUUUGGAGAUAUGUUUAUCAAGUUACCCACAGAGAAUACCAAAGCCUUGAUUGAGAAAGGUACCUUGCUAGAAUGA